UGCCUCCGUGGUCGACAGGGUCCAGGGAGCGGAGAGUUGCUGUGGAUCAGAGUCGCUUUGGGGGGUGAGGACUAUAGCGAGCUUCCCAUCCAGCUGUCCGGAGCCGGGAAACAUCUGAUCCGAGAAGGUGUGUCCUCCUGUCUCUGCUGCGUCCAUUAUGCAGUUCUCAGUCAGACUGAGCCUCUGCGUGCUGGGCUUCGUCCUCGUGUCCCUGUUCCCUCAGCCAGCACGGGGUCAAGUUCCAACGCCACGGAGGUUUCGUGCCAAAGUCCUGAGCCCCACCGAGCUGCACGUGUCCUGGAAGGAGCCGAAGGGACCGUUUGACAGCUACAGAGUGGUCUACACCACCCGGCCCGGUGGAGCGCAGAAGGAGUUUCAGGUGUCAAAGCAGGAAGCAAAGCUGCUCAUCCAGGACUUUGACCCCUCUAAAGAAUACAACUUUAAGAUCAUGGCUGUCGGUGGAGGACAGCAGAGCAAACCUCUGCAGGCCAAACAUGAAGCUCAAUCCGGCGUCGAGAUGGUUCAGUCUCAGAGGAGACCCGGCGGCGGCGGCGGCGCCGAGGAGAACAACGAGAUCUCAGAAGAUGAAGAGAUGUUUUCGUGUACGACUUCGUCCAUAUCCGACAUCGUUAUUCUGGUGGACGGCUCCUGGAGCAUCGGCCGCAUCAACUUCAGACUCGUCCGGACGUUCCUGGAGAACCUGGUCAAGGCUUUCUCUGUAGAGUUCGACAAAACCAGGAUCGGCCUGGCUCAGUACAGCGGAGACCCCCGGAUCGAGUGGCAUCUCAACGCUCACACCACCAAAGAGGCCGUGAUGGAGGCCGUGAAGAACCUUCCGUACAAAGGAGGGAACACACUGACGGGUCUGGCUCUGACCUUCAUCUUGGAGAACAGCUUCAAACCGGAGUCUGGAGCCAGACCCGGCGUUCCCAAGAUAGGAAUCCUCAUCACGGACGGGAAGUCCCAGGACGACGUGAUACCCCCCGCGCGGAGCCUGAGGGAUGCUGGGAUAGAACUGUUUGCCAUCGGUGUGAAGAACGCCGAUGAGAACGAGCUGAAGGCCAUCGCCUCUCCCCCUCAGGAGACCCACGUCUACAACGUGGCCGACUUCAGCGUGAUGAGCGACAUCGUGGACGGCCUCACCAAGACCGUGUGUGAGCGCGUGGAGCUCCUGGACAAGCAGAUCCGAGGUGCAGGACAACCUGCCCGCCCCCCCACGCUCGUGGAGGCACCGCGUGACCUGGUGACCUCUGAGGUCACGGCUCGGAGUUUCCGGGUGAGGUGGACCCACGCGCCGGGCCAGGUGGAGAAAUACCGCGUGGUCUACUACCCAGCCAGCGGAGGAAAGCCGGAGGAAAAGGUGGUCCAGGGGACAGAGGACAACGUGGUGCUGAACUACCUGAACUCUCUGACGGAGUACCAGGUGGCCGUCUUCGCCGUCUACCACAGCUCCGCCAGCGAGGCUCUGAGAGGGAGCGCCACCACUCUGGCCCUGCCGAUGGUGAACGACCUGGAGUUGUUUGAUAUCACCCACAGCACCAUGAGGGUCCGCUGGAAGACCGCCGCCGGGGCUUCUGGGUACAUGAUCCUGUACGCCCCGCUGACGGAGGGAGACCCCGCAGACGAGAAGGAGGUAAAGAUAAUAUAAUACCGACUCGUGAACGAGGUGGAGCUAGAGGGACUGACUCCGGCCACGGAGUACACGGUGACGGUUUACGCCAUGUACGGAGAGGAGGCCAGCGAACCCAUGACCAGCCAGCAGACCACAUUACCGCUGACCUCGGCGAGGAACCUGCGUUUCUCCGACGUGGACCACAGCUCCGCCCGGCUCACGUGGGACUCUGCGUCCAGGAAGGCCAAAGGCUACCGCAUCAUGUACGUCAAGACCAAUGGAGUCCAGACCAAUGAGGUGGAUGUUGGCCUUGUGACGACCUGGUUGCUAAGAAACCUGACCUCGCUGACGGAGUACACAGUCGGGGUCUUUGCCGUCUACGACGAGGGCCAAGCCGAGGCCACGACCGACAGCUUCACCACAAAGACCGUCCCCGAACCGCUAGGUCUGAAGAGCAGUGACAUCUCCACAGACAGCUUCAGGGUGUCUUGGCAACACCCAGCCUCCGAUGUGGUGAUGUACCGACUCACCUGGACGCCCACCGAUGGAGGGGACAGCGAAGAGGUUCUGGUGAAGGGAAACAUUAACACCUACCUGAUAAAAGGACUGAGCCCCGUCUCGGAGUACGAAGUCCUCCUCGCUGCCCUCUACGUGAACGAGGUCGAGAGUGACGAGGUGGUCCUCGUAGAGUCCACAGUGAAAAGAGCGACCGCGAUGCCCACGACGACCGUCACCACAGCGACUCCUCGUUUCGGGGUGAGGAACAUGAGGAUCGAUGACGAGACCACCUACAGCAUGCGGGUGGCCUGGCAGCCCGGGGACUCCAGGAACGUCCGCCACUAUCGGCUGAGCUACAUCAGCGCCAAGGGGGACCGAGCAGAGGAGCAGAGGACGGUGCCCACCAAUCAGAACAGUCUGAUUCUGCAGCCGUUGCUGUCGGAUACGGAGUACAAGGUGUCCAUCACCCCCGUUUACCCCGAUGGAGACGGGCCCACCGCGGCGCGGAUGGGACGGACGCUUCCUCUGUCGGCUCCCAGGAACCUGCGUCUGUCGGAGGAAUGGUACAACCGCUUCAGGAUCAGCUGGGACGUUCCACCGUCGCCCACCAUGGGCUACAGGGUCGUCUACCAGCCCUUAUCUGGUAAUACACCUGCUCUGGAGACCUUCGUGGGCGAGGACGUGAACACCAUGCUGAUCGUCAACCUGCUGAGCGGGACGGAGUACAGCGUCAAGGUCAUCGCCUCCUACACCACCGGGUCCAGCGAGGCCCUGUCAGGGAGGGCCAAGACCUUACCUGUGGGUGAGCUAACUAGUUGCGUACCAUGUGAGGAUGAACGGUUUCUCGCCCCGGAGCAAGCCUCGCCCGACACGCCCGCUACGUCGGGUACCAUCGGACGUCUUGCUCACGGCCAGAAGCAGGAGACCAAGCUGAGCGGGGGGGCCAACCGCCACUGCUUCAGCAACCUGAAGGCCGACACGCGGUACAAGAUGAGCGUGUACGCCCAGCUGCAGGACGGCAGCGAGGGACCGGCCGUCUCCGUCACCGAGGCAACACUACCGAUCCCGACCCCGGCACCCACCAGGCCCCCCACCACCACGCCGCUACCCACGAUCCCCCCUGCCAAGGAAG